GCCUCGUUGGAGGCGGGUCGUAACUUCAGGUUCAGGCUAGCUUGCGCGGUCGUAUCAUUCAAGUUUGCGUGCAGAAGAAUGACUAAUAAUAUCACUGUCGACAGGAGCAUCUAAGAUUUAUGUCUGAGAGGUUAAUUGUUUCAAAGGAGCCGUUCGUUAAUAUCGUUCAGUGCAGGGUAUUUACUACGAACGCAGCGCGGUGUCAGUUAGGUUUAUGUUGGUGAAGCUCAACUGGGAAAAUGCAAACGUAAGCCAGGCCAGAUAGCUGAACGCUGGCUGGCUGUAAUUCAACCACACGAGAGCAUAAAUGAUUUCAUGAACGAAUUUGCAGAGUUGGUCUUCAACAGUGGUGAAGAUGCGGAAGGACGUCAGAAUAUUACUGGUGGGAGAGCCCAAGGUGGGGAAGACUUCCCUGAUCAUGUCCCUGGUCAGCGAGGAGUUCCCACAGGUGGUGCCCUACCGGGCUGAAGAGAUCACCAUACCGGCAGACGUCACCCCAGAGAGAGUUCCUACACACAUAGUAGACUACUCAGAGGCGGAACAAACAGAUGAGCAGUUGUCUUCAGAGAUAUCGAAGGCCAAUGUGAUUUGCAUAGUGUACGCCGUCAACAACAAGAAGUCCAUUGAGAAGGUGACCAGCCAUUGGAUUCCACUUAUAAAUGACAAUACAGACAAGGACAGCAGGGUUCCUGUCAUCCUGGUCGGGAACAAGUCUGACCUGGUGGAACACAGCAGCAUGGAGACCAUCCUGCCCGUCAUGAACCAGUACACUGAGAUAGAGACAUGUGUGGAGUGUUCAGCAAAGAACCUGAAGAACAUAUCUGAGUUGUUUUACUACGCCCAAAAGGCUGUCCUGCACCCCACUGGCCCUUUAUACUGUCCAGAGGAGAAACAGAUGAAGCCUGCUUGCAUCAAAGCGCUGACUCGCAUCUUCAAGGUGUCAGACCUGGACAACGAUGGGAUUCUCAAUGAUAACGAGCUCAACUUCUUCCAGAGGACAUGCUUCAAUGCCCCACUGGUAUCCCAGGCCCUGGAGGAUGUGAAGAACGUUGUGAGGAAGAACGUGAUCGACGGUGUGUGUGACAACGGCCUCACUCUCAAAGGGUUCCUGUUCCUCCACACCCUCUUCAUCCAGAGGGGGAGACAUGAGACCACCUGGACGGUCCUCAGGAGGUUCGGCUACGAUGACGACCUGGAACUCCACCAGGACUACCUGUUCCCACUCACGUUGAAAGUACCUCCAGACUGCACCACUGAGUUGAAUCACAAUGCCUACCUCUUCCUCCAGAGUGUCUUCGACAAACAUGACAAGGACCGGGACUGUGCCCUGUCCCCAGAGGAGCUGAAGGACCUGUUUGACGUGUUUCCCUACAUGCCCUGGGGUCCCGACGUCAACAACACGGUGUGCACCAAUGACGAAGGCUGGAUCACCUACCAGGGCUACCUGUCCCAGUGGACGUUGACCACCUACCUGGAUGUCCAGCGCUGCCUGGAGUACCUGGGUUACCUUGGUUACUCCAUCAUCUCUGAGCAGGAGUCCCAGGCAGUGGCCAUCACAGUGACGAGGGACAAGAAGAUUGACCUGCAGAAGAAGCAGACCCAGCGCAGUGUGUUCCGCUGUAACGUCUUCGGGGACAGCGGCAGUGGCAAGAGCGGCUUCCUGCAAGCCUUCCUCGGAAGAAACCUCACGCGUCAAAACACUGUUAGCGAAGAGCACAUGUCCUACUAUGCUAUCAGCACAGCAUAUGUGUAUGGUCAGGAGAAAUACCUACUGCUCCACGAGGUCUUCCCGGACUUUGACGUCCUCUCGGACACUGACCUGGCUUGUGACAUUGUGUGUCUGGUGUACGACGCCAGCAACCCCCACUCCUUCGAGUACUGCGCCAGAGUCUUCAAGCAGUACUUCAUGGACACCAAGACGCCGUGCAUGAUGAUCGCUGCCAAGUCGGACCUACAGGAGGCCAAGCAGCUCUACGCCCUCACCCCUCUGGAGUUCUGUAGGAAGCACAAGAUGCCCCCUCCGCAGGCCUUCACCUGCAACACGGCAGACGCACCCUGCAAAGACAUCUACACCAAACUCACCACCAUGGCCAUGCACCCUCACGCUCGGCUGCGCUGUAUGUGUACCUGUAACAGGUGCACCUUCUGCCACCUGCAGAACUUCAUCAACUCAGAGCUGGUGCAGACGGUGAAGGCCAAGCUCUACACCGCUAUUCUCAGCAGACAUGUGACACAGGCUGACUUGAAGAGCUCCACCUUCUGGUUGAGAGUGAGCGCGGGAGCCACUGUGUUCGCCGUGCUGGGAUUCGCCAUGUACAGAGUGCUGCUCAAACAACGGUGAUCCACCCACCACGUGCAAAUCUAACCUCUGCGAUACUUGUACCCAAAUCUGUUUGUGCUUUUUUGCCAAGGUCUAUAAGUGAAAAGCUCGGAUUCACUCCAGUCUCCCAUUGACAUCAAUACAUGACUAAGUGAAAAUUCAACUUAGGAUCUGCCCCAUAGGAAAUAGGAGUUGGCAGGACCGCACAAACAGAUCUGGGACCAGGCUAAACCUUGUACCCUCUCCCAAUAAAUAUCUCUGUACGGUCAUAAAACAUCCAGUAUGUCCCCCAUGUGAUGAGGGGGAAAAAGCUAACUUUAUUUAGUUUUACACCUAGAGAUUUCACAAGAAAAUGACUGCUAUUGUUCUUUAUUUUGGUGUCUGCGCACUCAGUAUGUCUAUAUAUAAUAUUUAUAUUCAAAAUGUGAUUAUAUAAGUACUGAUGAAGCUCGUGAUUUCUUCUCUUUGCGCAAUAUAUAUAUAACAUUUUUGGGGGGGAUACCUGUGUGGAUUGAAAUGGUGAAACAACUCAAUCUUAAUCAGUUGAAGUAAGGGUAGUGUAAUGGUGAAACAACUCAAUCUUAAUCAGUUGAAGUAAGGGUAGUGUAAUGGUGAAACAACUCAAUCUUAAUCAGUUGAAGUAAGGGUAGUGUAAUGGUGAAACAACUCAAUCUUAAUCAGUUGAAGUAAGGGUAGUGAAAUGGUGAAACAACUCAAUCUUAAUCAGUUGAAGUAAGGGUAGUGUAAUGGUGAAACAACUCGAUCUUAAUCAGUUGAAGUAAGGGUAGUGAAAUGGUGAAACAACUCAAUCUUAAUCAGUUGAAGUAAGGGUAGUGAAAUGGGAACGCAAAAUAACCAAUACCACACAACAACAUAUGCUUUAAAACAAAUACUGAAGCAAUGUGUAAAUAACAUGUGUAUAUAUAACUGCUUGUAUGUUUGUUUUAAUUGAACAAACGGGACAUUAUGAAGUUCAUGUGCUGAAGCUAUAAUGGUACAACAAAGCCACAUUCGAUGCUAUAAAGGGAUUCGCUUUCACUCCGUUAGUUAGUCGUUUCUAAUAUCCUCAAACCUGUUCAGUAAAGGCUGUUCUGCUGUUAUUAAAAGGUUGUUAUUUAGUUUGCCUUCCAGGGCCAGAAGCUUGGUGACACACGUACACAUUUUGUAAGGCUGAAUCGGCCCAUGUUCAAUCAAUGGAUGUUCCGGUUGGGAUGCCUGCGCCGUAUGUCUGAGCCGUACCCCUAGAACUCAGUAAGGCAGAAGUAUCCUCUGUGGCCCUCCCAUUGCUUCCUGUAUGGGUAUGGACCACCCAGGUGGUGUUGGGCAUGCAUGUCAAAAUUGUGUGUGCUUGCUAUGUGAGGCUGUACAGUUAUAUUUGCAGGAGCUGUAUUUGCAUGCGUUGCUUUUUUCUGAUCAUCAUCCAAUAUUGUUAUAUCAAAUAUACUGUUAUUAUGAAGCCAACAUUCCUCACAAUGGUACUAUUCCAAUUAUCCAAAUGUUAUCCAGCACCCCCAACUCCCAGAACAUUAGGACAAUUGUGUUUCACAUUUUGCCUUUCCAAUGUUUAUAAUAAAUAAAUACACUUUAAUCCUG